AUGUUGAUAAAGCCAAGAGGAUUGUUGCCGAGCCGAUCGAUCAGUUCAUGUAUGAUGCAGUAUCAAUUAGAACAUUUACCCUGUGAGCAUGCAGUAGCUGCGACGAAGAAGAGUGGCUAUUCAAUUUACUCGUUCUGCUCUCUGUACUAUACUGUUGAAUAUUGGAGAGUAGCUUAUAGCGAUACUAUUUUUCCCGUGCCAAAUGAUUGGGAAAUUUCUGAAAAUUUGGGGUACCUCAAUGUGUUGCCACCAUUCGUACGACGACGAGGUAGACAUCCUAAAACAACAAAGAUUGCGUCUAUCGAAGAGUUUUCAAAAAGACACAAAUGUAGUAGGUGUACCGCAAUUGGGCACAACAGGCUAACGUAUACAAGUCAGAUACCUUUAGCUGAUAGAAGAUUAGAGGAUUAG